AAACGAGAGUAUGAAAAUCAAGACACAAAAAUAUGGUUUGUAGAUUUUGCACUUUAUCUCUAAAUAAAAGACUAUACACAGCGAUGAAACGAUAAAACAAUGGAUGCAGUUACGGAUAUAAUUCUUGUGUUGCGUUUGAGGCUGCAAGAUAUCCAUGAUUUUAGUUGAACCAAGAUGAAUUUGUCAUUGAAAAAAAUUCUAAAAAAUGGUUGAGAAAAAUGCAGAGAAACAUGCUCCCACAGCAAGUAAUCAAAGCAGUACAUAUACCAGUGAGGGAUCUAUAACUGUUGAAAAUGCUCAAGAAGAUAACGAUAACAAUGGAACACAAGGUUCUAACACUGAUGAGGGCAAUGCGGAUAAACCAACUGCUAUCGAAGUUAAAGCAGUCCCAAAUGAAAGUGCGGGUGCAUGUGCGAUUGAAGCACAGCCAAGCACCAGUGCAUUGCCUGCAGAGGAGAGGCAUAUUCAACCAGAACAUUUUACAUACAUGGUGAUAUUAAAAUUUGAUGAUACAUAUCUCAAAACUGUGAAUGGGAUCAUGCGCCUUUUGCAAGUGGUCAUAUCACUAGUUGCCUUGGUAACCACGCUUAGUGCAGGCUGGGAGAGCGGAAUGGACAUUUAUGAGAUACCCCAGUCGUGGCGUAUCAGAGUGUUUAUUUUCAUCACCAGCUUGACCUUCCUCACAAGCCUCCUGUUUCUGUUCAUACAAGUGACAAGUUUGAUAGACAUGUUCCGCCAGCUUCCAUGGGCUUUAAUUGAUCUGGUGAUCUACAGUGUGUAUUCUGUCUUGUACCUUGUUGGGGGUUCCAUCAUUUGCUACACUGCCUCGGAGAAGUUCCUAUCUACCUGGACUAGUGACCAACUUUAUAUAACUACAGGUCUUGCCUACCUUUGUGUCAUGCUAUACGCUUACACAGCUGUUGCAGCUUAUAAAAGAUGGCGCACAUGUGCUCAAUAUCAGCGCUACAGACUGAAAGACAUCAUACAGAGUGCUGAGGAGGAAUUUUAACAUCAAAUUUGUGGGUCCAUAAUUAAUAUACCACUGACCAGAAGAUGUGCUUCAGGAUUUGCCAAUGUAGUGUUCAUUUUGUCAUAUGGAAUUUUGGAAUAAGACAUAGAAUAAGACAUGGAAUACCAUACCUGAAGACAGGACUUUUAUAUUAAAGGUAUAUACUUUACUGUUAAGUGGCAAUACAAGAUUUUCGUGCCCACUAUAAUUCUAGACAGAGCAUAGUAAUAGACUGCAGCUUUAUGUUUGACAAAGAUGAUAAGUGAGUCGAAGAUGCACACCAUAUAAUGGAAUAUACAUGUACUAAACUUAGGUAACUGUCUCUGAAAAGUUAAAAUCAUAUGUGAAUGCAAGACCUCACUUUUUUGGAGGGGCUGCAUGUACUUUCAAGGAGCUCAUUUUUAUUGCAUUUUGAAAAAAUGCUGAGUUGUCUUGGGCCGCUGGGUUGGAGGGUGUGGGGGUGGGAGUCACAUAAAUCUU